AUGGAGAUAUUUGAUGACGCGCCCCGCCACUCCAGGAAUCGGCGCCUCCCGCCAGAUCAUCGAUCCGCGGCACCUCUCCCCCGGAUCCCCAUCUUGACCGUCCACUGUAUCCGCAUCGAACGGCAGGAACACGCCUCCUCCCACCUCUCGUCCCCGUUAAAAUCCCCAUCCCCUUCCUGCAAAUCACCACAGCAAUCACCACCGCUCCUCCACCUCCAUCCACUCGCAGCUCGAACCAAGGCUAGUUCGUCAGCCAUGUCCGGCCGCGGCAAGGGAGGCAAGGGGCUCGGCAAGGGCGGCGCCAAGCGGCACAGGAAGGUGCUGCGCGACAACAUCCAGGGCAUCACCAAGCCGGCGAUCCGGCGCCUCGCCAGGCGGGGCGGCGUGAAGCGCAUCUCCGGCCUCAUCUACGAGGAGACCCGCGGCGUUCUCAAGAUCUUCCUCGAGAACGUCAUCCGCGACGCCGUCACCUACACCGAGCACGCCCGCCGCAAGACCGUCACCGCCAUGGACGUCGUCUACGCCCUCAAGCGCCAGGGACGCACCCUCUACGGCUUCGGCGGCUAGGCUCGUCCUCGCCCCCCUCCAAAUUCCGAUGUGCUUAUCCGCCUGUGCGCAGGAGUCUUGCUGUCGAGAAAACUUAGCUGAAAUGAAUUCCCCAUGUUUAUCUC